AUGAGAGACGAAGAAGAAGAAACACUUCUCUGUAAAAUCAAAAUGAAUAAGAUGAAGGGGAUUGCGUAUGCGUAUAUAUCCAACGACAGUUGCAACUUCUUCCAGUGGCUUGACCCAACAUUACCAAAACACUACAAGGAUACAUUAUGGAACCUGAAACUUAGGAUCGACAACCUUUUGGUUAGGAAUUGUCAAGUUGUUGAGCUGCAGAAGAAGGUGGAGAAGCACAAGUUUCUUAGGAAAGCUGAGAAGGAACUUGCUGAAGCUUGGAUCCAAGAACUACUCAUUGAGAUUGAAAGUCUGAAGAAGAUGUUGAAAAAGGUUGUUUUGAUUGCUCUGGUCUGCUUGUUGUUUGUGGUCAUGUACUUUAAGCUGGUCUAG